AUGAAUCCUACUUUUCGGACUAUUGCGCAGCUAAGUCUGCUACCGAAAGAUUCGUUUUAUGUAACGGUUAAUGGAAAGGUUGUUGACUGGGAAAAUUUGGAUGAAAAUAUUCCAUUUCAAGUUCAUUUCAGACUUCGCGGAGGCAAAGGAGGAUUUGGUUCGUUACUUCGGUCAUUUCGUAUUCAUCGCUCAACAAAUCAAUUGAUGUGUCGUGAUUUAUCUGGAAGACGACUUGCUGAUAUUAAGGAAGAGGAGAGACUCCGCAAGUGGAUUCAGAAGGCAAGUGAGAGGGAAGAAGAAAAACGACGUCAGAAACAAGAGAAAUAUGAAAAAUUAAAAGGAGCUCCUCGGAAACAUGAUUUUCAUGAUCCUGAAUUUAUUGCGACAAGAGAAAAGAUUUUAGAAGAAACUGAUGAGGCAUUUGAAGCAGGUGUGGCUGUAGCGAAAAGCAAGAAAAUGAAGGGGAUUGCUUCAUCCAAACCUGAGGAAUCCAAAGUGGCUGAAAAUCGUAACUUGGAACAGAAUAUAUUGCAUAAACGCAAGCAAGAGUCAGUAGAGAAUACAAAUGAAUGUAAAAAGUUGAAAUUGGAAAAUGAAAAAGACGAUGUUUUGGGUGAUAGCAGUUCCCAAAAAUGUGCGGCCACUACUAUAAACUGUGCUGUUGAAAAUUCUUUAUCUAGUACGAUAAACAAGUUUGAAGAGUCGUCUCUUCCUAAAAAAAAAGAUACUGUUAGUAAGGUGCAAGCAAAAGCUGCUGAUUUUGAAAAUGUCGAUUUGACCAAUUAUGAUAGUGCAAAACAAUUGGAAUCAUUGGGCCUGGAUCAUUUGAAGCACGCUCUUCAAGUUCGUGGAUUGAAAUGUGGUGGUUCAUUAUCAGAACGGGCGCUUCGACUUUAUUCAGUGAAAAACUUGGAACCGGAAGAUUAUCCUAAAAGUAUACGUGCAGGCAGCAAAAAGAAAUGA